UCAGUAGCAGAAAGAGCCACUUCCGGUUCCGUUACCAGGACGAUCCAGUUUAGCGGACGAAGGGCGGGAAAAUUUAAAACGCACUAGAAAAAUUGGGUCAGAUUAGAACGGACAGAAACAGCAGCAGAACCCGGAAGAAUCAGUUGAAGAUUUUCUGCGCGCCAGCGUCCGAUCCGGAGCUCCUCAUGGAGCAGCUGUUUAGCCAGGUGUUGCGGGUCUCCGUCAGGUGUAGAGACUGCGAAGACAGGAAAUCAAACAUCCGAGUCACCAUCCAGCUCCAGCUGACCACCAGUCCGAUCCAUAGGAGGGAUCUUCUGGUCAGGCUAACAGACGAUGCAGAUCCCUUUUUUCUCUUCAGCCUUUCCAUAUCAGAAGAGGACUUCCAGAGUCUGAAGGUCCAGCAGGGUCUGCUGGUGGACUUCGCCUCAUUUCCUCAGAAGUUUAUCGACCUGUUGAAGCUGUGCUGCUCAGAGCAGCAGUCGGAGAGUCCCAGGUUUGUCCUGCACCUCACCUGUCAGUCCGCCACAUUGGAAGGCCCCGCCUCCUUCAGUGUUGUGGAGACCAAUGCCUUCAAACACCUGAACCACCUGUCGCUGCGGCUCGCUCAGGGCUCCGACAGAGAGCUGAAGGACUACCUGGCAGCAUGCCUCGCCUCCAUGAAGGCAGAGAAGCAAGCUUUGGACCUGAAGCUGAAGAAGACAGAAGAAGAUCUGUCCAGGCAGCUGAGCUAUGCCCAGCAGACUCUGUCUGACAAAACCAGAGAACUGGACAAACUGCGCUCGGAGUGGACCAAUCAGAGCAGCUGCCUUUCCAGCCGCCACGCUCAGGAGCUUCAACAGGAGCGGGAGAAGGCUGCAGAGCUGCAGAGCCGGUUCCAGCAGGAGGUCGAGCAGCUGCGUCAAGAGCUGGAGAAGGAGCAGAGGAGGAGCAGCCAGCAGAUGCAGGGCCGACUCGGGGAGCUGGAGGCCUCCUGCAAAGAGCUGACUGAGAAGAAAUACAAGAACGAAGCCGCUGUCCGGGACCUGAAGGUCAAGCUGGUGGCUUCAGAAGAGGAGUGCCAGCGUCUGAAGCAGCAGGUCCUCAGUCUGAGGAGGGAGAAUGGCACUUUGGACUCGGAGCUCCACGAGAAGGAGCGUUUGGUGAACCAGCUGCAGAUGAGAGCCGCCGUUCUGGAGCAGGAGAUCAAAGAUAAAGACCUGCUGAUGUGCAGAACCAAGGAGGUCCUGGAGGCCACGCAGCAGCAGAAGGAGUCGGUGGAGGAGAGCGCAGAAAGUAAAGAACACCACCUGAAGAAGCUUGAAGCCACCGUGUCAUCUCUGUCUGACGAGCUGAUCAAGGCCAACGGCAUCAUCAAGAAGCUGCAGGGGGAGCUUCGAGGUCUUGUUGGAAAGAUCAAAGUCAAAAACACGGUGACGGUUUCUCAGGAGAAGCUGCUUCAGGAAACGUCAGACCGACUGCAGAACGCUGAAAAGGAGCUGCAGAGCACCCGGCAGCAGCUGCUCGCCAAGGAGGAAGAGGUUUCAAAGCUGAAGGAGCAGCUGGAGGCCAGCAUGCAGAAGCUGAACGAGAGCAGAGAGGUUCUGAAGACCAACGAGAACGUUAUCUGUUGGCUGAACAAGCAGCUGAAUGAGAGACAGCUCCCCCCGAAGCCCCCUGAAGGUGCAGACACUCCGCCAGCAGCUGCAGCAGGACUGAGGGCACAAUUCAAUCCUCGGACAGGUCUUCCCGCUGUCUCUCCCUUGUCCCUCACCGACGUCACUGCUCAACAGAGAGGGGGCGUGGCCAUUGGCCUGCAGCUAAAAUCUCCAGAUCUGGACUCAAAAUACUUUGAAAGAAGAGAGCCGGUCUUCAGCCGGACCCCCCCUCUGCCCCACACAGAUCUCCCUCAGCGUACGAAGCCCUUCAUCGCCUCUGCAUACUUCUCUUCAUGACCCACCCACACACAGUAGCAGACUUUGUCCUCUUUGGAAUCUGAAGUUUAGUUUUGUGUUUUCCCCAUUUUGAAACUUGACGUUUUAAUAAAGUUCGAUUUUUAUUUGUGA